AUGAAUUUCGGUAGCUUAGAGCUAUUCGAGGGCGGUCAACAUAGACAGCACGCUGCUAUGAUGGUGAUGGCCAUGCUCGGCUUCUACUUCGAGGUGUCGCGACACGACAGAGACAAGUACAUACGAGUGCACAACAGACACAUACGACCAGACAAACUGCAUCACUUCGAGAAGAUUCGUUCUGAAGCUACCCUCCCUCUGCCUUAUGACUACGCUAGCGCCACCCACCCCGCCUGGCAGUACUGGAGGGUAGUCGGCAAAACGGGAAUAUCAAGCGUCGCUACGUACAAGGAACAGGAUAAAAUACAUAGUUCAGUCGGAGAAACACAAUGUACACAAGAGACAUUAAGUGGCUGUACAGAUAAUGAUAAAACUUUCUGCGAGUCUGAUGAUUUUAUGGAAGCGGAUGACGUUAAUGAUUACCAAAAUAAUGAUAUACCGAAAACUCAAAUCGAUUCCCAAAAAACUGUUUUAUACACUGUACAUGAUACAAACACACAUAUAAGCCAGAGUGAAGAUGUUAUUGUGGUCAAAAAUAAAUAUUUAAAUGGAAAGAAAGAUAUUGAAAAAGAUAAAGAUAUAAAUUUGGAAGGAACUCAUGAGAAACCGGAGAAUAUCAAUAGUUUAAAUGAUUCUUUAAACUGUGAACAAGAAAACAAUGGCUUUGAUAAUUUAAAUAAUACACAAGAAAAUUUAACUACAAACUCUCAAAUACAUGGAUUGAAUGAAUCAGAAAUAUUAGUAUCAAUAGAUAACGGGAAAGAAAAUAUAUUAAGCUCGGAGACACCAAAGAAAUUUACUUCAUUAACACAAAACAGCUUUUCAUUGGACGAACACGAGUAUUGUUCAAAUACAAAAUUGGAUAAUAAGAAAUUAUAUAAUGAAAUUAGUCAAAAUAUCCUAAAAAAUCAUAAUUUUCUAUCACAAUCCGAUGAUGAAUCGGAUGAUGAUAUUACUGAGUCACAAGUGGAGAUGGUCUCGUUUAAGGUUUUAGAGGAAUUAAGUAGAAUAAAGAGUUAUUUGAAUAAAGUAGAUAAUAAAAUGACUGAGGAUUCUGGAUAUAGGAGUUGGAAGAGAAGUUCUAAAAGUGCGUCUCAGUCUAGUUGUUUGAACGAGUCAGCUUAUUGUUUGAUGAGCUUCCUCAAGACUUGUCCACUGGCUGUCAACAUUAUGGAUAUUAUUGAAGAGAUUUCAAAGGUGUUAGGAAGGUUUAUAGACAAGCUACAUGAUGCUGAGAAGUAUCCAAAGUUCUUGGACGAGAUGUUGGACAGUGUUGGAGGAUUGGUUAAUGAAUUAUAUGAAACUGGUGUGGACGGAGAUAUGAUUUUACAAAUAGACGAGAAGAUCCAAAGAAUAUUCCUAUUGAACAGAUCACAUCACAUAAUGAAGUUCACUAUAGAAAAUAUCACAAAGAAAUUGGAAGAAAUUCACACAAAACUGUGCGAUGUGAUCGAAAUCACACAGACUGUGAGCACAGAGAAUAUGUGCUAUAUGUUGCACAUACUAGAAAUAUUACUCAAAAGAUACAUAACAUAUGACAAUAUGAGCCAAUCGACGCUAGAAUCACAGGAGAGUGUGUUAAGAAAAAACUCACUCACAGAUAUAUGGAGGAAGAAGUGGAAUUUGAGUGAGAGUGACGUCAUAGUGAGUGAAAAAAAGUGUAUCAUCACUCAAUGUAGGGCUAUACUUAAUAAAAUAAUAGUUGACUCUAUUGAUAACUAUAGCUUAAUAUCGUUUAGUGCUUUACAGUGCUUUAAUGUGAUACAGAAAUAA